AUGGCAACUGUCCGAAAAACUAGAAAACCCAAAACUAAUAGCUUUACCUCCAUUUUGGAUCAGGUUCUCAAUAAAUAUAACCUAUCGGCCGAAUCAAACCCGCUUCAAUUACGUGCUCAUGCUGAUGAGCUUAGUACUAUGCUACCGGAUUGGAAGGCUCGUAAAGAUGUGAAAGAGGCUCUCCAUCGGUGCUUAUUCAAAGAAAAUCAAAUAGGAGUUCUUGUGCCAGAUAAAAGAAAGAAAAAGCUCAUCAUUGAAAAAAGAGCUCUCUAUUGUGCCAAAACUGGUAAUGAGUGGGAUAUUUAUAUCCAUGCUCUCGAUUUAAGUCCAAAAAGUAAUGACGAAAUCAUUGCCUCCUGUUUGCGACUCUUUCUAUUUCGUAAUAAAUUGGCAAAAGCUGGUAUUGCUCAAGAACCUAUUGAUAUUUAUGCUAAACUUCUGGGUGUUACCACGGCUUCUAACAAAAUUCAGAAAGAACAGACUGAACAAGAUGUAGCCAAUAAUCAGUUAAAAAUUCCACCACAUUUCUCUUUAGAAAAAGGACUUAAAAGAAUUCAAAACAUUGAUACUACCAAAGAUCUCUUAUUACAGGAUCUCGCAGAUGUAAUAAUGAUGUUGUGUAUAAGACCUGCUGAAGUAUCCAGCCUCCAGAUUGAUCACUACGAAGUUGAUCCAUCUAAUCCUUCGGCAUGGUAUAAAAAUGGUUAUUCUUGGUAUUGUACUGGAUAUGCUAAGAAUAAAGGAGAAAAUAAGAAUAAUCUAGAACCUCGCCCAUUCCUAUCAAUGGAGAAGAACCCAGAAUGUGCAAAAGCAUUGCUUAUCUAG